GUUUUUUUUUUCGAUUCCAAAGCGGAGUAUCUGCCGCCGCGACUUUCGGGCUAUAGCUCGCAGUCGUUUCGAAGCCGCGCGCGCGUGCGCUGUACAUUCUCUCUACGAUAUUCGAAUCGUGUCUCCGCACAGUUUGAAUUGAUACACCUGUACGAUUUUGACGAGAGCGAGCGAUGAGAUCGGUAACGUCGCCGAUGCGCUUCUGACUCGUUUUUACCGGUGCAAGGAUGAAAGUGAAAGUGUAGAAGAGUUUUAUGGAUUAAGAGUGUUUUGAAUAGGUAUAAACAACGUUGCUACUGUACUUUCCUCGUGCGUCGGUUGGAUAUUUCGAAAAUCAUGGCUUCGAAGAUCUUGUGGACGAUCUUUGUGUUCUCGUGUCUCCAGCUAUGGCAGAACACCGUGGACGCCGGUGCAUUGAAAUUCUGCGCCACAACCAAGAAACUGUCGAGGACCAACGAUGCCUUGAUGCGAACUUGUAAGGACAUACAGCAUAAGGCCAGCGAAAUUAACUGUGUGAUAGUCGACGAUAGGCUCACGUGUCUGAGGAUGUUGGUUUCUGGAUUAGUGGACUUUACCGUACUGGAGCCUGAAGAUUUGACUAUCCUCCACACGGAUGUCAUCGAGAAAAGCGACGUUUUGAUAACCCACGAACUGAAAACGUUCUCUGAAAACCAGCCUCAGCACGACGUCGAAAUGAUCGCACUCGUGAAAAAUAAGUUCGACAACAUGUGGACCACGAAAGAUAAGAGGCUUUGUUACAUCGGUUUCGAGCUCGGAUACACGCCGACUUACCAUUACCACUACACAUCGUACUUCGAGAGGUGGAUAAUAAUGAAACAAUGUGACUCUAAGAAGACACUGUUGGAAAAUCGGAUAGCCGAUCUGUCCCAGCACUUCGAAUCGGCAUGCAUUGCUGGGCCUUGGUCCCUCGAUUCAGCUUACGACGGAGUGUUGAAAUCCAAGUACAAGAACCUAUGCGCCCUGUGCGGAAGUCCUGUCGGAUGCUACGAAGGUGACCGGUUCUACGGUAUGCAAGGUGCGAUCAAUUGUCUCCUGGAGAACGUCGGGGACAUCGCUUGGCUCAACCGAGACGACGUUAAGCCACAUUUCGCGGAACUAGCGUCGUACGGAUUUAGCAUGCUUUGCCCCGACGGUAUGUUUAUUCCCCUCUCUGCAAACAAAACUUGCACGUGGAUCGCUGAGCCGCGUCCCACGAUUGUCGCGAGAAGCGACGUUGCCGAUCGCGUAACCAAGACAGUGACAGACAUGGGCAAUUCUGGAAAACUGUUUUACCCGGUAAUCCACGCCUCGUACAAAUUCUCUCACCUGGCUAACAUGACGCCGGCGUUGACGCCAGAGGAUUACACGAGACGAUUCCCCGGUUACUCGAGUUCGAGGGUACUCACGACUUGUCACCCCGAGAGGACGAUCCGUUGGUGCGUCUCCUCGAACAUCGAGGCGAACAAGUGCGGCUGGAUGCAGGCAGCGGCUGUCGCGAUGGACAUCGAGCCGAGAAUCUCGUGCAUCCAGCAGAAGGACAGAAAAUCGGCGCUCGAAGCAGUCAGGGACGACCGCUGCGAUAUUUACGUCGCGAAGCCCGAGGAGGAGCUAAACGCGAGGAGCAUGAACUUGACGCCGAUCGCCCACAUGAUCUCCAACAAGGAUCUCGAGGCGAGCAGGUUCGCGGCUAUCGUCAGGAAAGAUGCCAAGUACAAGAAUUUCAAUGACCUGAGGGGCGCGAAGGCUUGCUUCUCUGGCUACAAGAGCGUUGGCUGGAACGCUUUCUUCUCCUAUUUGAGAAAUAGCUCGUCGAGCUGGGACUGCGAGGACGAGAAGGCGAUAUCUCAGUUCUUCAAUCAGACUUGCGUUUACGGGCUGAAUGAGAAGAAUACCACGGUACCGAAGAAUCUCUACUCACUGUGCAAUAAGACGCAUUUCGAGGACAAAUUGGGACCAGAAGAGAACGCGUUCAAGUGCUUGAUGAAAGGGGGAGACGUCGCUUUCGUUAACGUCAGCGCUGCUAAGCAGUAUUACUCAAGUUUUUCGAUAUUCCACAUGAACUACAGGAUGCUCUGUCAGGAUGAAUCGUACGAGGGAGCACGGCCUUGCUUCAUUGCGGAAACUACUUUAGGAUCGGUUUUAGGAAGUAAAAACAUUACCCAAGUGAGGAAGGAGGAAAUUUAUUUGAUGCUCCUGUCGCUAGAUCGGUUCUUCGGAAGAACGUACGAUCGUGAAACGGCAAUGUUCACACUGUACGGACCUUUCGAGGGACAGUCUGAUGUGAUUUUCCCAGACAACACGCAGCACUUGCAGAAGCACGUUGCCGAUCUCCGACACGGUCGAACGUACGAGGAAAUCCUGGAGAGUCUUCAGGAUAAGGUUGAGUGCGGUAUGUCAGGUAGUUCGUCCCUGAGCAACAGUGUAAUUGUUAUUUUCUCAGUUGUGAUUUUUAAUGCAUUAAGGACAUUUUCAACCUAGUCAUGUAAAAGUAUUGCAAUAGUGAUAAAUAAAAAUUAUGUUUUUUUCCAAUAA